AAUUGAGGAUAGUUUGGUUUUUAAAAACACCAUUAAGUAGGACGUCAAAAGUAUCAUCUGAUUUGAAAAACUGUCAAGUAAAAUGUUAUGAAAUUUCAUUCUGGGAAUGUUGUACGUGUGAAAAGGGUAUGGGACGAACUCGAAAUGUGGCGGAAAGAAGCCAUGACAGUCGCGUAAAAGUUCGAAUAAAAGGCUUCGAAAUUAGCUUUGUCAAAACAAAUCCUACUCACAAACAAGACAUGCAGGAAAACAAACUUUAGAAAAUAUGAGAAAAACUUCAGAACGCAGAAACAGUUUAUUUGAGCCAACCCAUCUCCGAAUUGAAAAAGAUCGUGGUUCAAGCAUUAUAUGCUUAUCAGAUGUACCAAGUAUAGCCAGGAAAAUCCAACGCGUACAAUAUGAGAACACCUACAAACUUGAGCCUGACACACGUUUCGAUAUGUCCAAAGUCAAAAAGAUUAUUAACGACGAAUUGGAAGAGAAAUUCAGCGAUUUCAAAUACAAUCCUUUGGAAGCCGGCCAACUGUGUAAGCGAACUGCAACCAUUAUCAAAGAGGAAAUAAAGCAUCUUGAUGUUGAUCGCUAUAAAAUUGUGUGUUGUGUGACGGUGUCACAAAAUGCUGGUCAAAGUGAAAAGCAAGCGAGUCGUUUCUUGUGGGAUGAGAAGAAAGAUAACUGGGCUGCUGGCACGUAUACCAACAACAGUAUAACUGCCAAUGCGACUGUCUACGCUUUGUAUUAUGAAUAAGGAAACUGAACUGCUCCUUAGUCUAUAUAUGGUAGUUAACAAUUCUCUCAUAACCAAAA